UCUUCUGAACUGGAUUCUCGUUCGAGGAAGCCUCGCCUUUCGGCGCGGUCCUCGUGAGCACAACCGGCCAUCUUGACUUUUCGUAGCCGAGACCGGAGCUCUUUAUUAAACUGCGCCUCGGGAACAUUAUAACAUAAAUAGACUGCAGUUUCUCAUUUAGAAAUAGUUUCCAUAGAGUGUAUUCAGUCUCCGCGCUUUUCCAAAAGCAAACACAGGGCUCCCGUUUGAGAGAGGUUCAUAUACUUGUUCAAACGAGUGGAGGAGCGAAACUUGGAUUGGACUAAUACUCGUCAUGGCGACCGCUACACCGAGCCGAGAAUCAGGCCGUCCUGCGGCCUCGACUCCUCUCUCCCCAACUCGGAUAUCUCGCUUGCAGGAGAAGCAAGAAUUGCAACAUCUAAACGACCGCCUGGCGGUCUAUAUAGACCGGGUCCGUUCUCUGGAGCUGGAGAAUGACCGUCUGAUGGUGAAGGUGUCGGAGAAGGAGGAGGUGACUACUCGAGAGGUGAGCGGUUUAAAGGUGUUGUACGAGGCAGAGCUGGCAGAUGCUCGCCGUGUUCUUGAUGAGACUGCUAGAGAGAGGGCCAGGUUGCAGAUCGACCUGGGAAAGGCUCAAGCUGACUUGGAGGAAACCACUCGCAGCCUGAAGAAGAAAGAUGGAGACCUGGCUGCAGCUGUCUCCCGGGCCUCAGCUCUUGAAGGACAGCUGAACCAGAGUGAGGCGGCUCUGGCUACUGCCUUAAGCCAAAAUGCUGCUCUCAGUGCAGAACUUGGAGAUGUUAAAUCCAUGCUGGCUAAGGCUGAAGAUGGACACACUGUUUCCAAGCGGCAGUUGGAAGCUGAAACCCUGAUGCGCGUGGAUCUGGAAAACCGCUGCCAGUCCUUGUCUGAGGAGCUGGAGUUCCGAAAGAACAUGUUUGAGGAGGAGGUGCGCGGGUCUCGGCGUAGGCAAGAGCAGAGAAUUGUGGAAGUGGAUUCUGGAGUUAGACAGGACUAUGAGUUUAAACUGGCACAGGCUUUACAGGACCUUAGGAAGCAGCACGACGAGCAGGUUUCACUGUACAAGGAGGAGCUGGAGCACACCUUCCAGGCCAAGCUGGGUAAUGCCUUGGUUUCGUCAGAGAUGAACGACAAGGCAAUGGGCACAGCCAGGGAGGAAGUGCAUGAGGCUCGUACCAGGAUAGAAAGCCUUGGAUACCAGCUGAGCUCGUUGCAGAAACAGGCCUCCGCCGCAGAAGAGCGCGCUAGAGAGCUUGAAGAGCUGUUAUCUGCAGAGAAAGACAAGCACCGUCGUUCCGUUGAGGGGAAAGAAAUGGAAAUGAGCGAGCUGAGAGACCGGAUGAAUGCCCAACUGAAUGAGUACCAGGAACUCCUGGAUGUCAAGUUGGCUCUUGAUAUGGAAAUCAACGCCUACAGGAAGCUGCUGGAGGGCGAGGAGCAUCGGCUGAAGCUGUCCCCCAGUCCCUCGUCCCGCGUGACCGUUUCCAGGGUGACAGGCUCCUCGACCCGCAGCACCAAAAGGAAGAGGCUUGAGGUGGAGGAAGGGGCCUACCUGGAGGCGGCGAGUGGCCAACUCCUUGUGUCCGAGGAAGCCACGGCUAGUGGAGCAGUGACCAUCUUGCCCACUGACAUGGACGGGAACGCUGUCACACUGGCCAACGACACUGAACAGGAUCAGCCUCUCGGCAGCUGGCGCUUGAAAAGGCAGGUGGACGGAGGAGAGGAGGUCACUUACAAGUUCUCUCCAAAGUUUAUCCUCAAGGCUGGCCAGUCCGUGACGGUCUGGUCCGCAGAUGCAGGUGUUGCUCACAGUCCCCCAUCCGACCUGCUGUGGAAGAGCCAGGCUUCCUGGGGAACAGGAAGUGACAUCCUCACCACUUUGGUCAAUGCCGAUGGAGAGGAGGUGGCUAAGAGGAGUGUUGCUAAGACCGAGGUAGAGAAUGGAGAGGAGGAGGAGGAGGAAGAAGAAGAGGAAGAAGAAGAGGAUGAGAUGGUUGUGGGAACGGGCAAGAAGGCAUCUUCUAGAGAGUGUGCCAUUAUGUGAGCUUCUCCCUCUUUCCAAUUUUUACUCCUGGUUUUCACCAUAGAGCCACUCGCAUAUUUUUCUAUUUGUCUUGUCAUCUAGUUUUUGUUUUUGCUUUUUUAUGGCUAAGCAAGACAUGGACUUUUUUUUUUAAACGUUUCUACUGUUGUGCCCAGCCAUGGACCUGCUUUUGAUAAUGUACACAACUAGUUAUCUUUAUGAUGUUCAGUCAUAAAGAUGGAGAGAACUAUAUGCCAACACUGAAGUUGACAUCUGCCUGUGACUUUUGACCUUAUGUUGUUACCUUUACAGAAUCCAAGGUAGUUGCUUCGGAUAUUGUUUGUUUUGAGGCUUGGUGGUUUAAGGAAGCUCUCCUGCCGACACAUCUUAUAUUUGAACUCCCGAUAUAAAUGAUUGCCUCUGAAUCAUUUCUGUAUACUGGUAACCAAUAGGUAGGAUUUCCCACCAAUUUUUUUUAUUUAGAUCAACAAUGUUUCAGUAAGCGAUCAGAAAAUGGUAAUGAUGUAAUUUCACAGGAUAAAUGUUAACACAAAUUUUACCCUAGCUUCAAUGCGACGGCAGAUUGGCUCCCAAUGAAUGGGAUGUCAGUACUUGGGAUGUAUUCAGCCUGCCAUUGUUUUUUGUGACUAAUUUCACUUGGAGAACUAUUUCAUACAUUUGAAUGUCCUUAAAUGCAGCUGAUCAUUUCAUGCAAAAACCUUCCAUGAUGGGUUUUCCGCCAAGCGUGGGCAGGGGGGGAAAGAGAGAUGAUUAAUAUGAAGCUAUUAUGGUUGUAUUUCUUAAAUUACUUUUUACGUUAUUCCUUGAAAAUUGCAGUGGUAAUGAAAACUUCUUGACAUGACUAGCAUCAUGUCAAGAAGGGUUGUACUCAAUGUGGGAAUAUUAAUGUGAUACUUUCAAAAUAUAAUUUCUCAACUUAGAAUGUUGGACCCAGACAUGUCUAUAAUUGGAGUAUUAAAAUAGAUACUUGGAAAAUAAUGCCACAUCACCAGAGAGUAUUAAUACAAUGGCUGGAUCACCGUAAUGCCAUUGAAUCUCUCAAUGUGUGGACCACAGGUGGCUGUUAAAAGUUUAACAUGUUUAAACAUUACUUCACUGAGCUGUCACUUUAAUUCAAAGUGAAUUUUAAGCAUACAUUUAACCAUUCUACACUCCUCUGUAAUCUGAAUGAUGGUUAAAUUGUGUAUUGACAAAAAAUAAAAUAAAGCUAGAAGGCUGGUUGAUCAAAUGUG